AUGAUGCUUCCUUUUUCCAAAUACAUUCUACUACAAACCCACUUUCUCACAAAUGUUUCACCUUUGCAAACCAUUCUUCGAGGGCAUGUAUGCUUCCACCAAUUGAAUCUUUUUCCGCAAAAGUUUUCAACUUCUAGUUCUGACAAUUGCGAGAGAUUAUCAUGGGAACGUUCCACCCAAGAAAUUCUACUAGAAAAACUUAAAUUUGCUUUGAGGAAUCAUCAAUCACAAGAAGCAUUGGAAACAUUUCAUGAUUUUAGAAGACUUUAUGGUUACCCUGAGGUUCAGUUAUUGAAUCAGGUUAUUGUUCAGUUGUGUUAUUCUUCAAAUCAUGUUUUGGUGAGAAAAUCAUUUGAUUUGGGUUUGAAAAUUGUUCAAGAGAAUUCACGUUUGAUUCAUGUUGAUACAUUUACCAAACUUGCUUUGUCUUUGGCUAGAAUGCAAAUGUCAUCACCUGCAUCGGUUAUACUUAGGUUAAUGCUUGAGAAAGGGUUUGUGCCGUCUAUGCAAUUUUUGUCCUUGAUUGUUUUUCAUAUUGUGAAGACAGAAAUUGGAACACAGAUUGUAGCUAAUUAUUUGUUUCAAGUUUGUGAUUUUUAUAAUUGUUUGAAGGAUAAAAAAGCGCAACAUGCAAUCGUGUUGAGGCCGGAUACUUUGGUUUUUAACCUUGUUCUUGAUGCUUGUGUGAGGUUUAAGUUGGCUUUGAAAGGCUUGUGUUUGAUUGAAUUAAUGCCUCUGAUUGGGAUAGUGGCUGAUGCACACUCAAUUGUGAUAAUUUCGCAGAUAUUAGAGAUGAAUGGUUUGAGAGAUGAAAUGAUGGAAUUGAAAUGUCAUAUUGACGGAGUUUCGGCUGCUUAUGUUAGGCACUAUCGUCAAUUCUAUGAUAGUUUGUUGAGCUUGCACUUCAAAUUUAACGAUAUUGAUGCUGCGGCUAAGCUUGUUUUGGAUAUGAGUAGCUCACAUAAUUGUCACAAUAAUGAAGAAUGUAGGAAUCAGUUACAAAAGCCUUGCUUUAUCGCGAUUGGAUCGCCUAACCUUAAGAAUGCAUUAAAGAUACAUAUAGAGCCUGAGCUAUUGCAGAAGGACUAUGUGCUUAAACUGGAAGGUAGAGAAGGUCUUGUUUUUUACAAGGGUGGGAAACUUGUUCUUAGUAAUAGAGCUUUGGCCAGGUUUAUUAUUGGUUACAAGAAAGAUGGGAGAAUUAGCGAACUUUCAAAACUUUUACUUAGUAUUCAAGGCGAACAAUAUUCAGUGGCAGGCUCCAGUUUGUCUUUUGAUGUGAUCGCUGCUUGCAUUCAGAUGGGAUGGCUCGAGUCUGCUCAUGACAUUUUAGACGAUGUAGAGGCUGCAGGGUCGUCGAUGGGCCGCGAUUCAUAUAUGUUACUCUUGUCAGCUUAUCAGCAGAAUGGAAUGCAGAGAGAAGCUAAAACACUGCUAAAACAAAUGAAGAAGAUUAAUUUGCACACUGAAUUAUCUGAUGAUGCAAUCCACAAACACACCCUUUGUGAAGAAACAUCAAAUUCCAUUGGUAAAUCAGAUUUGGCAGUCGCCUUGGCUCAUGUAUUGAAAGAUGAGAAUCAGGCGGUUAUUCCUUUGGUUUAUAACUUCAACUCUUCGAUCUUCUUUUUCUGCAAGGCAAGAAUGAUAGAGGAUGCUAUGAGGGCAUAUAGAAGAAUGUGUGAAAUGAAAAUUCGACCGACAAGCCAAACUUUUGCUCAUCUCCUAUGUGGAUAUUCUUCUCUCGGUAUGUAUCGCGAGAUUACGUUCUUGUGGGGGGAUAUCAAGAGAUUCAUGAAGAACAGUCAUUUAGUUGUAGAUAGAGAUCUAUAUGAGUUACUACUGCUAAACUUCAUUCAAGGUGGUUACUUUGAGAGAGUGAUGGAGGUCAUUGGCCAUAUGAAUGACCAUAACAUGUAUCCCGACAAGUUGAUGUACAAAAGUGAGUUCCUUAGACUUCAUAGGAAUCUUUAUAGGAGUUUAAAAGCGUCGGAUUCGAGAACAGAAGCCCAGAGUAAAAGGCUUGAGCAUGUUCAGGAAUUUAGGAAAUGGGCUGGUUUCAGUUGA